UUAGUCAAUCCGAUGUUGUUGGUGAUCCAGGAAAUCGCAAACCAAUUGAAGAAUAUGCACAUGAAAUUAGAGACCAAGUAAGAAGAGCAUAUGCUUUGAGUGGUCCAACCCAACCUCGUAAUUUUAUCUUUCCUCGCAAAUGGCAAACUGGUCAAUGGAGAUCAUUUCAAAAAACUUGGUUUGAUGAGCUUGAUUGGCUAGAGUAUAGUGAGAAGAAGGAUGCAGCUUAUUGCUUAUAUUGUUAUCUUUUCUUUGAUCCGGGGAAGCCUGAAAAAUUUGGUACCUCUGUCUUUGCAAAGGAUGGGUAUGUUAACUGGAAAAAUGCUAAGGACACAUUUAAUCAACACUCUACUUGCAAGACUCACAACAAUGCUAGGCUAAAGUGUGAUGACUUUAUGAACCAGAGAACAAAUGUCGGUAGAAAAAUCCAGAGAAUUAGCAAGGAGGAAGAGAAAAGAUAUGAGAUUAGCUUGAACUCUUCUAUAGAUGUAGCAAGAUUUCUCAUAAUGCAAGGUGAGGCUUUUCGUGGACACGAUGAGUCCUCUACUUCCAACAACAAGGGUACAUAUAGAGAAAUUGUUGAUUGGUACAAAGACAAAGUUGAGAUUGUCAAGGAUGCAUAUGAUAAAGGUGCAAAAAAUUGCAAAAUGAUAUCUCAUCAUAUACAGAAGGACAUAACAAAAGCAUGUGCAGAGGAAGUCAUGUCAAUAAUUAUGGAUGAGAUUGGAGAUAAAAAAUUCUCUGUGUUGAUUGAUGAGUCCCGAGAUGUAUCAAUAAAAGAACAGAUGGCUGUAAUUCUGAGGUAUGUGAAUGAUGAAGGGAAGGUGAUGGAGAGGCUUCUUGGACUUCAGCAUGUUGAGAGAUGUACAACUGCUGCAUUGAAAGAAGGUUUGGUCAAUAUGCUUGACAGUCAUAAGCUACCAAUCUCUAGGCUUCGUGGGCAAGGAUAUGAUGGAGCUUCCAAUAUGAGAGGCGAAUUUAAUGGUGUGUAAAAAUUGAUUCGAGAUGAAAAUCCUUAUGCUUUCUAUGUGCAUUGUUUUGCCCAUCAAUUGCAAUUAGUGGUUGUUACUGUUGCAACUUCUA